AUGGCAUGGGAAGUCUCCCUCUUAUGGCUGUCUGUGCUGAUAUCUGUGGCUGAACAAACACCCUCCUACUUAAUCAGCGCCCCCAACAUCAUUCACAUCGGGGUGAAGGAGAGCGUCGCCAUUCAGCUGGAUGGAGCAGAAAGUCCCGUCAAGUUCAAAGUUUAUUUAUUCGAUGUGACGAGCUCCAGAAAGCUUUCCAAGGAUGUUGAUUUUGAGCUAACGGCAGGAAAUGGUUUCCGUCAGAUCAAAGACGUUGUCGCUUCCGCUGAUCUCAUGAAGGAGGUGAACAUUAUGAAACGUAAAGACAAAUACAUUUCUCUUGCUGCUGAAUGCCCACAACUCUUUACAGGAAGGAGAAUGGUUCCAAUCCUACUUUCAACAAAAAAGGGUUACAUAUUCAUUCAGACUGACAAGCCAAUAUACACGCCCGGUGAAAAUGUGCGUUACAGAAUCUUUACUCUGGAUCAAUAUAUGAGACCAGUGAGCGAGACGAUUAAAAUAACUACAUAUAAUUCCAGAAAUGUGCAGUUUCCCAGCAAGAUCAUGCGGUCGGGAGAAGUGUUCAGUCGCCACAUAAAAAUCCCGGAUAUCGCCGAGCCGGGCAUUUGGAGGAUUGAGGCUCAAUUUGAGGGUUCACCAAUGUCCAAGGAAUCCGCACAAUUUGAGAUCAAGGAAUUCGUCCUCCCCAGUUUCAAAGUCGAGAUUGAGUGCCAGGAAAAAUAUUACCUCAUAACGAAGGACGAAUUCAAGUGCAAACUUUCGGCAGACUACACAUUUGGAAAACCUGUGGAAGGAAUGGCUUAUGUGAGAUUCGGGACUAUUGAUGAAACAGACAAGACUGAAUAUCUUCGGGGACUGGAACAAACAGAACAGGUCAAGCAUGGAGAAGCAGAGAUUUCCCUAACAACGGCAAAUCUCCUGGAAAGAAUCAAACCUUUGCAAAUGAAGGAUCUUGUGGGUCACAAUAUGUAUUUGGCGGUCACGGUUUUUGAAACAUCCAGUGGAGAAAUGGAAGAAGUCGAAAUCAAAAACAUCAAGUUUGUUUCCUCGCCUUAUGCAAUCGAUUUAUCAAAGACCAGCGGUUACUUCGUCCCAAAAGUUCCAUUCACUGUGCUGGCACAGGUAACAUAUCCUGAUGGGUCUCCUGCCUCAGGCGUACCUGUGAAAUUGGAAGGAAAACAACCACAAAAUACAGAGGAGAAUGGCCAGGUCAUGUUAUUAAUGCAGACUCCUGCGGAUACUGACACCUUUGAAAUUAAGGUGACAGCUGGGAACGAUGCACAAAUAACGGAAGCCAAGAAAACUGUGAGAAUCUAUCAAUCCAACAGCAAGAGCUACCUCCACGUCAAUGUGCCACACAAUGUAUUAGAACCAGAUAGCUCAUUCUCUGCAGAUCUAGCAGCGGUCACUUCAAUAGGUAGUGAAAAUGUCAAGUAUUACUACUACAUGAUCAUUAGCAAAGGCACCAUUCUUAAAAUGGAUAGAAUUCAGAAAACGGAAUUCACAAAACUUAGCUUUCCACUGAGUAUCAACAUGGUCCCCGCGUUCCGGCUGGUCAUCUACUAUUACAUCAAUGUCGGUGGCAAAACAGAGAGGGUGGCAAAUUCCGCCUGGAUCGAUGUUAAGGAUGUCUGUGAAGGCAAGAUUACAAUAAAAGGUAUGACCAAGGAGUAUUAUAGCCCGGGAGGAACAGCUAACCUGUUGGUCGAGACUGAAGACAAUGGAAACGUUUACCUUGCCAUUGUUGACACCGCAAUCUACAUCCUCAACAACAAGAAUAAGCUUACAGCAAAGAAAAUCUUUGAAGAGAUGAAUUCCUACGACCUUGGCUGCACAUUUGGAAGUGGUGCUGACAGCAAACAUGUUUUCAAGGAUGCUGGGCUGGCUUUUAUUUCCAAUGUGGACACUGCAGACUAUCGAGAUGGAUAUUCCUGCAAAACGGGUGGCAGUAGGAUGAAAAGAUCGUUGGACAUUCAAGCACAGUACGUGGGAAAAGUAAGCCACUAUACCAACAGCAGCCUAAGGAAGUGCUGCACGGAUGGGAUGACUGAAAUUCCCAUGAAAACUGCCUGCGGAGAACGAGCAAAACGCAUCGAAGAGGAAGAAUGCAGGAAGGCGUUUCUCACCUGCUGCGACUUUGCUGUGGAACUGAGGAAGAACCAGUCACAGAAGGUGGACCUGGUGGGAAGGACGGCGGGAGAUUAUGAAGAUGACUUCUUUGAUGAGUCCAGUGUCCGUAUUCGGAGCAACUUCCCGCACACCUGGCAAUGGAGAACCUAUUCCGGUUUGAGGAAAGGAGGGAAUAAGUUAGUCCUCAACCUUCCAGAUUCCAUAACAACUUGGGAAAUUCAGGCGGUUGGCAUGUUUAGGAACAAAGGUUUUUGUGUUGCGGAGCCAAAGAAAAUGAAAGUCUUCCGGCCAUUCUUCAUAUAUUUGAGGCUCCCGUAUUCAGUCAAAAGAAAUGAACAAUUGGAAGUGAGAGCAAUAUUGUACAAUUACCUUGCUGAGGAAAUUGAGAUCAAGAUAUACAUGAAGCCUGUGGAUUCCCUUUGCAGUCCUGCCACAGGCGAGAAAAAUGCAAGAACUGUCACCGUUCAAGCGAACUCGGCCUAUCCUAUCUACUUCUCUGUUGUCCCACUAGCCAUUGGUACCAUUCCAAUUUCUGUGGUGGCAUACAGCAACGGAGGAAUGAUAAGUGACGCCAUUACAAAGAACCUCAAAGUAGUGGGAGAAGGGGUGAUGAAAACAGAAGAAAGCAGCAUUGCUAUUAAUCCAAAUGGGAGGAGUGCCUUUGAUAUCUUUGAAGAAAUACCUUCCAACAUGGUUCCAGACACCAAUUCCUACCUUUACAUUCGUGCCAGAGGUGAAAUGAUGGGGGAGUCAGUGGAGAACUGUUUAACGCCAGAGGGAAUCGACCUGCUCAUCCGACAGCCCAAGGGCUGCGCUGAGCAAACAUCAAUGUACAUGUCACCGACUGUCUUUGCUGUUAGAUAUCUAGACAAAAGCGAGCAGUGGCUCAACCUGAAAGCUGAAAGGAAAGAUGAAGCCAUUCAACAUAUCGAAGCAGGGUACAAUAGAAUACUGGAGUUCAAAAAGUCAGAUGGUUCCUAUGGAGCGUGGCUACAUCGGCCCAGUAGUACAUGGCUAACAGCGUUUGUGGUGAAGAUACUCUCGAUUGUUCGGACUCAGAUUCAGAUCAACGAAGAGCACAUUCAACAAUCCGCCCUGUAUUUGGUCAAAGGUCAGAGGGCAACCGGACACUUUGUUGAUCCCAGACCAGUGAUUCACAGAGAAAUGCAGGGUGGAAUUGGUGGCGCCGAAAGCAAAAUUGCCUUGACGGCCUUCAUUACCAUAGCACUGCAACAUUCCCUGCCGUCCUUUCUGCCAGAGUCUGAAAAGGAGCAGCAAGUGAAAAACAGCAUUCAGUUGGCUUUUAACUACCUCUCAAAUGAACUUGACACUAUCCAGCGACCCUACGUAUUGGCCAUUACCGCGUAUGCUCUUGCCCUGGUGAAUGUUGAAAGUUCGGAGGCUGUUCUUGCAAAUGACAAACUGAGAAAAAUUGUAACUUACGAUAAAGAAAAUGGAACCCGUCACUGGAAGGCUGACGAGAAAAUGUUGUACAUUGGGGAACAACAACUGGGCAAGGUGCCCCGGGCCUCAGCUAUAACUGUGGAGGCCACCUCAUAUGCGUUGCUGCUGGCCUUACUCAUGGAAGACCUCCACUACGCAGACACCAUUGCAAAAUGGCUGACGGAACAGCGGAACUACAAUGGUGGAUUCCGCUCCACUCAGGACACAGUGUUAGCCCUGGAAGCUCUGGCAGAAUACAGCAUUGCGAGCUAUCAAGAAGAUGAAGUAGAUAUUACAUUCACAUUCAGCAGCCCUAGCAGGAGCGGUUCAGAGAAAGUUGCAGUAAAGGGGAAAAAUGCUCUGGUUCAGGAGCAACUGAAGUUCCCCCUGGGAGAAUGCAUUAACGUGCAGCUGUCGGGCAGAGGGAAUGGAACACUCACUUUCCUGAAAACAUACCAACUGCUGGAGGAACCUAAGGACACCUGCAAUUAUUUCAAACUUGAGGUCACGGUUCAGGGCAAAGUGGAAUAUAAAGGAGACUCCGAUUACCCUGACUAUGGAGAUUAUGGCGAGUUGGCAGCAGACCAGCCCAUGGACAAGAUUAGAUGGUUUGAUCUGCGUUCCCGGAGAAAGAGGGAUGUUCCAGCUAAUGAUGCAGCCACGAUCCUUUAUUACGAAGUCUGUGCUUGGUCAGUGUCACCAACCGCGACGGAAAUCAAUGCUGAUUUGCAUGACCCAGAUGUUGACAAUGAACAGAAGGCCUCUGGAAUGGCGAUCGUGGACAUCUCACUGCUCAGUGGCUUUGAGCCAGAAAACGCAGAUUUGGAUAAGCUGAAAAACCUCGCUGACAGGUACAUCGAUUCGUAUGAGUUCAAAGAUGGGAGGAUGCUCCUCUAUCUAAGCACGGUCACAAAACACAAAGAAUGUUUUGUAUUCGGUGCUAAGCAGAUUAUUCCCAUUGGAUUGAUACAACCAGCGAGUGCGACACUUUACGAUUAUUACAACCCAAGUAUUAAAUGCUCCAUAUUUUAUAAUGCUCCCGAACAAAGCACCGUCGUCUCAAAGCUCUGUCAGCAUGACGUUUGUGAAUGUGCUGAAGGUAACUGCCCUCGACUGAAGAGAACAUUUACCUCGGAUGUGGACGAUGACAAACGCAUCGAUUUUGCCUGCUACACCCCAAUUGUCGAAUACGCCUAUAUAGUCCAGGUGAUCGACGUAAACACGCAAGGAAGUUUCAUCGUCUACACUGUUUCUAUUACAAGACCCAUCAAACGUUCAAAGGAUGAGAACAUCAUGGAGAAUGACAUCCGGCACGUACUGAAGCGGAAAUCAUGCUCAAUUGAGCUGCAGGUCAGGAAGUCCUACCUUUUGAUGGGGAAGGAUGGCAAGACCACGGAUCUCAGCAGGAAUAUACAGUAUAUUCUUGACUCGGACUCUUGGAUUGAAGCGAUUCCUUCUGCUGAAAGAUGCCGGGGCUCGAAUUUCAGGAAAAGCUGCGAAGAUCUGUACAAGUUCAUUGAAACCCUUCAAAUCGAAGGCUGUCAAAUGUAAUGACAUCUGGACAUUUCGUCGCUCAUCCCUUGAGCUGCUUCCUCACUGCAAGGUGCAUGCUCUGUUCGAUAACCUGUCUGGCUACAAAAUCAUCGUUCAAUGGAGGAACGUUUAAUUGAUACACAUCUCUCAAUUGCUUCAGCCUGUUCUUUGUCAUAAACCAUGAACCCGAA